GCAAUUACUAGUACAACCUGUGGUACUGAAUUUUGCGAUUUGUAGUAUUCAAACGAGUUUUGGUUUUGAAAUAAGAACAUGUGAAGACCAAAUUAUUUGAAAGUAUAUUAAAGCAUAUAACGCAUAGUAAGCUUGAAAUGAUCCCAAAGUGACAAAUGUAAAACAAUUUAAUAGCGAAAACUAACGUUCUUCAUAUUUUAAGUACUUUUUAUUGUCAAUUUGUGAAUGAACAAUUUCCUGAUAUGUGCUUUUCAAAGGGAUGAGACUCGGUUAAGUACCUCCGGAUGGAUAGUCAAUUAAAUAGCUUCAAGUAUUUUUAUAAUUAUCAAAUUGCAUUAUUUUCAAACUUGUUGAAAGAGUAAUACAUGGCACAUUUUCCAUAUACUCUAAACCGUAACCUGCAACUCGUAACUUGUGCCUGUGAAACAACAAUCUAAAAAUGAGAUUAUAUAUUUUGUUUUUUAUUACUUUACCGACGGUCACAGUUGUAAAUAGUGUGUGUGUAGGAUUUCAAACUUACCCAUGUACACAGACGUCUGUUCGAUACGUUAGUUACAGAACUAAAUGUGGAGCAUUUGGGUGGAAGAGAUGUCGAAGAUCAAGGAUAGCAUAUUACCAGUCGUAUAAAACAUGUACACGAAAAUGUCCACCAGUUGACGGUAAUUGGAGCUCUUGGACAAGUUGGAUCAGUUGGUCAACAUGUACGAAGAAUUGUGGAACUGGUGGUCAAGUUAGGACAAGAACAAGAUCUUGUACCAAUCCAAUGCCAUUAAAUGGAGGAAAACAAUGUCCUGGACUUACCACUGGGAUAGAAAGAAGACAGUGCAACACACAUCCAUGUCCAGUUGACGGUAAAUGGAGCUCUUGGACAAGUUGGAGCAGUUGGUCAACAUGUACGAAGAAAUGUGGAACUGGCAAUCAGGUUAGGACAAAGACAAGAUCUUGUACCAAUCCAAAGCCACUAUAUGGAGGAAAACAGUGUCCUGGACUUACCAUUGGUGUAGAAAAUAGACAGUGCAACGCAAAUCCAUGUCCAGUUGACGGUAAUUGGAGUGUAUGGACAAAUUGGAACAGUUGGUCAAUAUGUACUAAACGUUGUGGAACUGGAGAUCAAGUUAGAAAUAAGACAAGAUCUUGUACCAAUCCAAAACCACUUCAUGGAGGAAAACAAUGUCCUGGACUUACUACUGGUGUAGAAAAUAGACAGUGCAACACAAAUCCAUGUCCAAUUGACGGUAAUUGGAGCUCUUGGAUAAGUUGGAGUAGUUGGUCAACAUGCACACAAAAUUGUGGAACUGGUGGUCAGGGGAGGACAAGGACAAGAUCAUGUACCAAUCCAAAACCACUACAUGGUGGACAACAAUGUCCUGGACUUACUACUGGAGUAGAAAAUAGACAAUGCAACAAAGAUCCUUGUCCAGUCAAUGGCGGAUGGUCCUCUUACGGAAAUUGGAGUCCAUGGACAUCGUGUACAGUCCCAUGUGGUGGAGGGUCUCAGUCUAGAGAUAGAAGUAGGACAUGCUCUAACCCAGAACCGAAAUAUGGUGGGAAUCAAUGUGUUGGUAGUUCAUCUGAAACUGCAUCACUUUCAUGUAACUUAUCACCAUGUCCAGUCAACGGAGGAUGGUCUUCAUAUGAAAGUUGGAGCCCUUGGUCAUCCUGUAAUGUCACAUGUGGAGAUGGAAAGAAGACUAGAAAUAGAGAAAGAACAUGUUCGAAUCCAGUUCCAAAAUACGACGGGAAUCAGUGUGUCGGUAGUAGAACAGAAACGUCUACAGAUUCUUGUAAUCCCGUACCAUGUCCGAUUGAUGGCGAGUGGUCUUCAUUCGGAAGUUGGAGUCCUUGGUCAUCAUGUAAUGUAACAUGCGGUGGUGGAACCAAAUCCAGAAGCAAAAACAGGACGUGUACAAACCCUGAACCAAAACAUGGCGGACAACCGUGCGAAGGAAGUACAACCGAAACGUCUGCAGUCUUGUGCAAUUCCAUGUCAUGUCCAAUUGACGGUGGAUGGUCAUCCUACGAUGAAUGGAGUUCUUGGUCUGUAUGUAGUGUAACUUGUGGUGGAGGUGUAAAGUCAAGAAGUAGAAAUAGGUCGUGUUCCAAUCCUGUACCCAAAUAUGGCGGGAACCACUGCACUGGAAAUGAAGUGGAAAAUGUUACUUCUGACUGCAACUUGCUACCUUGUCCAAUUGAUGGUGGGUGGUCGUUAUACGGUGGUUGGAGUUCGUGGUCUGUAUGUAGUGUAACUUGUGGUGGUGGUAAAAAGUCGAGAAACAGAAGUAGAACAUGUUCAAAUCCUGUACCAAACUAUGGUGGAAAACAGUGCAAUGGAAAUGCUCUAGAAAAUACUUCUUCUGACUGCAAUAAUUAUCAAUGUCAAAUUGAUGGUGGAUGGUCGUCCUUUGGAAUUUGGAGUACUUGGUCGUUAUGUAGUGUAGGUUGUGGUGGUGGUAAAAGGUCAAGAAGUAGGAAUAGGACAUGUUCAAACCCUGUACCAAAACAUGGCGGGAAUCAGUGCAUCGGAAAUGACACGGAAAAUACGUCUACUGACUGCAACUUGUUACCUUGUCCAAUUGAUGGUGGGUGGUCAUCAUUAGGAAUUUGGAGUUCUUGGUCGUUAUGUAGUUCAACGUGUGGUAGUGGUGAAAAAACAAGAAGCAGGAAUAGGACGUGUUCAAAUCCUAAACCACAUUAUGGUGGAAAACAGUGCAUUGGAUAUGCUACGGAAAAUACUACUUCUGACUGCAAUAUUAUCCAAUGUCCAAUAAAUGGCGAGUGGUCAUCAUUUGGAAUUUGGAGUUCUUGGUUCUCAUGUAGCUUAACAUGUGGUGGUGGUGAAAAGAUAAGAAUAAGGAAUAGAACGUGUUCCAAUCCUGUACCACAAUAUGGAGGAAUGCAAUGCACAGGAAAUGCAACGGAAAAUACAACAUCUGACUGCAACACAUUGCAUUGCCCAAUCGACGGCGGAUGGUCGUCCUAUGGAAACUGGAGUUUAUGGUCGUUAUGUAAUGUUACAUGUGGUGGUGGUCAAAAGUCCAGAAUCAGGAAUAGGACCUGCACAAAUCCGGCACCAAAAUAUGACGGAAAACAAUGUAUUGGAAAUGUAGUGCAAAAUAUAACCACUGAUUGUAAUACAUUAUUUUGUCCAAUAAACGGUGGAUGGUCACAGUACACUGAAUGGGGUCAAUGGGGAAAUUGUUCAAAAGAGUGUAAUGGAGGAUUGAAAUAUAGAACCAGAUCAAGAUCCUGUACAAAUCCACAGCCAAAGUUUGAUGGUUUGGAAUGUACUGGGAAUACGACCGAUGGAGAAGGCGGAGUUUGUAAUACUCAUCAUUGUCCAUUGGAUGGUAAUUGGACAGACUAUAGUGAGUGGUCGUCAUGGGAUACAUGUAAUGUCACGUGUGGUGGCGGAUUCUAUAGUCGAUAUAGAAACAGAACAUGUGAAAAUCCAGAACCUAUGUUUGGUGGAAUGAAUUGUUCGGGAGAUGAUAUAGACCAACAAAAAGGAAAUUGUAACAAACAACGAUGUAAAGCAAUAGAGAUUUCAGACGUGUCAAAGAUACUAUCAUCAGAGAUGUUUAAGAAAGCUCUUUACUAUGGUAUAAUACCAGGAGCAUUGUUGCUGAUAUUGUGUGUUAUAAUUGUUUGUGUGAUUGUUAGGAAGAGGAGGAGGAGUUCAAUAUCAUUAAAGACAUAUAACUUCCAGAAUACAACAUACAUGACGCCAGGUGAAGAUAAUGCAAUUUGUGAAGACACAAAAUUAACAUGUAAUUUGGAAGCAAAACAAAUUACAGAUGAAAUGGAAGAGGAAGAGGAACGAUAUACAGACAUGGACAAUAAGCUUAUUUGCAGUGCUAAUACUGAUACUGAACACUACGGCUAUGCUAGAGAGGAUGAAGACCAUUACGAUACAUAUGUCGAGGAGAGCGAUCACUAUGAAGAAUGUGACAGUGUUGUUCGAGAGCCAUUGGAUGAAAGUUGUACCAAAAAUGCAUCAAACGAAUUUCAUACAUUUAAAAACUUUUAAAUAGCCUGUAUUCGCGAAUCGUACUUGUAUUCAUCAUUGUGUAGAUAAUUUGGUAUGACAUUUUGUUAUUUUGCUGUAAAUGCUAUGGGUUUAUACGUAUUUUUUUAUUUUCUAGAUAAUAUACCUUUGUUUGACCCUAUUAGGCACAUUGAGAAUAUGAUCAGUUAAGUCCUCGAUUACUUUUUUUUAACAUGCAUUGGCAAUAAAUGUAUGAAGGCCGUACUUUAACCUAUAAUGGUUUACUUUUUGAAUUGUUAUUUGGAUGGAGAGUUGUCUCAUUGGCACUCACACCACAUCUUCCUAUAUCUAUGAAAUAUGCUAUGCUACUACAAUGAAUGUAUAUGUUACAGUAAAAAGAUGAAAUUAUGAAUUACAUGUAAUAAGUAAACAAUCCAGUAAAUACCUGUAACUACUUAUCAAUUUAGUAAUUACAUGUAUUACCUGAUUGAUUAAGAGAUAACAGGUAACCACUGAU